AUGGAGGACGAGAUGGAGGAGAUGAACUGGGGGGCCGUGGAGGACCAGCUAUCGGGCAUCCAGGACGUGUGGAAGGAGCCGCGGUUCGACACGUUGCCGCACGUGGUGGCGGUGCUGACGUCAGGGUACCCGCAGGAUGACAUGGCGAGCCUGGCGAAGCUGCGAGACACCAUCGAGGUGCUCGUGGACGAUGUUGUGCAGGCGUACCACCAGGGCUUUAACAAGGCCAUUCAUAACUACUCGCAGAUUCUGAAGCUGUUCAGCGAGUCAGCGGAGCAGAUGAGUGAGCUGAAGGCGAGUCUGGCGGAGGCGAGGCGGCUGCUGAGCAACCGACACAAGCAGCUGCAGCAGCUGUGGUGCCGCUCAAUCACGCUGCGCCACGUCAUCUCCCUCAUCGACCAGAUCGACAGCGUCUCCAAGGUGCCAGCGCGCAUAGAGCAGCUGGUGGCGGAGGGACAGCUGUAUGCUGCCGUGCAGAUUCACCUGCAGUCCAUCUCCACGCUCGACAGAGAGGGCAUCUCCCAGAUCGGAGCGCUGAGGGACAUUCGCAACGAGCUGGCGAACACAAAGCUGCUGCUGUUCAACCGCGUGAUAGAGGAGCUGCAUGCGCACCUGUACAACAAGGGCGAGCACAGUUUAAAGAAGGAAGCUGCAACGGACGACGAUGAUGACAUCAGCAACCUCGUGCCUGUGGCCGUGCCGGCCGCCGCCCCGCUACAUCCGUCGCUUGCCGCCCAGGGCAUCUCCCUUCCCGCCCCCUCCAAGCCCUCCCGCAUGCGCGGCCGCAGCGCUCGGGCCCGUGGUGGGCUGAACGUGGAGACCGGGAGUGCGGUGAGUGAGGACGACGACGGCACAGUGAGCUCGCCCACGCGCAGUGAGGCGUCGGGGACGUCCGCCCCGGGAGGGGAGGUGGUGGUGAGGCGCGCCCACGUGCCCCCUCCCAAGUGGCUCACUGAAGCCACUUCUAAUGAGUUCGUGGAGUCGUUGACCAAGAGGGAGGUGGCGGAGCAUGACAAGUACAUGCAGACGCUCGUGGAGUGCAUUGCUCUGCUCGGCAAGGUGGCUGCUGCUGGCGCCGUGCUCAGUCAGCGUGUGCGGGGGUCGGUGAGGGAGAUCAUUCUCAAUGAGAUCAAGGAUUUUGCAGCAGCAGCAGAUGCAGCACGUCCCCGGGUGGAGCAGGUGAGCAAGCGCUCACAGGCGGUGGCCUCCACGCCCCACUCGGCUGCCUCCACGCCCUCCUCCCACGCCACCUUCUCCUCCUCCUCCGCCUCCCGCUCCUCCUACUCCCCCUACCCCCUCCGCUCCUCCAACCCCCGCGGUAUCUCCGACCGAGCAGUGGCGGCAGGAGGGGGAGGGGCGGGCGGAGGGGCAGGGGGAGGAGCAGGGGCGGGGCUGCAUGCGCCCAACGGGGUGGCGCAGGUGGUGGCUCAGGAGCUGCUGGAGUCGAUUAUGAAGAAGCUGACCGUCAUUCUAGAGAACCACAUAGUGGUGGGUGACCUCAUGGAGGCCAAGGCAUCAGACCGCUCGGGGGACGUGCGGCGCACGCCGGAUGGGGACGAGGCGGUCAGCAAGUUCAGCGCCAGCACGGGCGGCUACAGCGUCGCUUUCGUCUGGUCCUGCAUGCAGAGCGAGUGCCAGCAGUUGCUGUGCGACAUUCUCAGGGCCAACCCGGACGGCGGGUCCUCUGAGACCUCAGGGCGCACCGCCCAGCUCAAACUCGACUCCGGCGGCAGCACCAAGGGAGCCAUGCUCACCUUCAGCUUCCGCUUCACCGACGCCAACACUGCCUCCGCUCCUGCCGCAGCGGAGACGCUGCCGAAGAGGCGGGUGGGGGGCAUGGCGGGGGGAGCGGGCGCACUGGAGGGGUACGGCACGGCCCAACUGCUGCCAGAGCGGGGCAUCUACCUCACCUCCGCCUGCUACCGCCCCACGCUGCAGUUCACGGAAAAAGUUACGCAAAUGCUGCCACGCAAAUACUCCGACUUGGGCCGCUCUGGCCUGCGCCCCUUUAUGGACAGCUUCGUUAAGGACCAAUUUCUGCCCUGCGUGCGCGAUGACUACCGCAACCGCGUCGCCGAGGCCCUCUCCAGCCCGUCUGCCUUCCGCCCGCGAGCCAAGACCAUUGGCAUGUACGAGCCAGCAGCCGAGAAAGGCCGCCCGCUGCUGCAGGGGCCGGUGGCGGUGGAAGGGGUGGUGGAGGAGGUGGUGGAGUGGGCCAAGGCCAUGCCCGUGUACGCGGGGGAGUUCGUUGCUCUCGCUGCACACCCUGCUUGCAGGACUCCUGUGAGAGUGGGCAAGGCGGGGCAAACUCCUGUGCAUGGUGGAGUGGGCCAAGGCGUGGGAGGGGGUGUGAUGUGCAGGGGAGUGGGCCAAGGCCAUGCCCGUCGUGUAUGCGGGGGAGUUUGUUGCUCUCGUGCACACCCUGCUCGUGCACAGCACAGCCUCAUGCAGCAGCAGACAGCAUGUUCUUCCUGCCCCGCUUCCUUUCCCCCAUUUUCAA